AUGCGCAUGCGCCGGGCCCCGCUUUGGGGGAAGGGAUCAAGUAGAGAGACGGCCCCGCCUUCCCCGCGGGGAAGAGGCAAACUACGGGAGGGCCGGCCCCUCGAAACUAAAAGGAAGAUGUGUGGGAUAGGGGAAAGUUGGCAGGUAACUGGUUAAAGGAGGCGGCGGUGCGUUGUGUGUAAACAUAGGCGGAGGAACAAACGGAGCCACUUCGUCGACAAAUGGCGGAGUGGGGGGAGGGGAGUGAGUCACGUGGGAGUCAUACCCACUUGUCCCCCCCCUCAGAGCGCAUGCUCCUCCAGCUGAGUCUGGGUAGCAGUAUCUGGAGGAGACCAUGAGCAAUGAAGAGCAGACUCCGCUCCUUGAGCCUACUGCAGUGGGGUUCACCGAGCAGCAGCAGCAACAGCAACAGCAACAACAGCAAUAUUUUCAUAAAGUGUGGAAUAGGAAUCUGUACCUGGCUACAUUUGCUGCUGUUCUGGGACCUCUUAGUUUUGGAUUUGUCCUUGGUUACAGUUCUCCUGCCAUUCCAGAUUUGCAAUCUGAUUCAAACCCGUAUCUGAAUCUUGAUUCCACUCAGGCUUCCUGGUUUGGGUCCUUAGUUACAAUAGGUGCAGCUGUGGGUGGCAUAAUUGGAGGAUGGAUUGUUGAUAAAAUUGGCAGAAAGCUGACCCUGAUGAGCUGUGCUGUUCCGUAUGUCGCCGGGUUUGCAAUGAUCAUUGUAGCACAGAAUGUCUGGAUGCUCUACAGUGGUAGAAUAUUGACUGGAUUGGCGAGUGGAGUCACCUCACUGGUUGUACCUGUCUACAUUUCUGAAAUGGCUCACCCUAAAGUACGAGGACUGUUAGGAUCCAGUGUUCAGCUGAUGGUGGUAAUCGGAAUCAUGGGUGCAUAUGUCGGUGGAAUGGUCUUGACCUGGUAUUGGCUUGCUGUGUUAUGUUCCUUACCACCAACCCUGAUGGUCGUACUAAUGUGCUUCAUGCCAGAAACUCCACGGUACCUGCUUAGAAAGAACGAACAUGCUGAAGCACUAAGGGUCCUGGCUUGGCUGAGAGGACCUGAAGUAGAUUCUGAAUGGGAAUGCAGACAGAUUGAAGGAAAUUGUGAUGAGCAGGAUACCAAGUUUGCACUUUCAGAGCUAAAAAAUCCAGCAAUUUACAAGCCUUUACUUAUAGGAAUAUCUAUGAUGUUAUUUCAGCAGUUAAGUGGAAUCAAUGCAGUGAUGUUUUAUGCUGAAAGCAUCUUUGAAGAAGCAAAUUUUAAGAACAGCAGUGAGGGCUCUGUCAUAGUUGGUGUUGUUCAGGUAGUUUUCACAGCUGUGGCUGCACUCAUCAUGGACAAAGCAGGGAGAAAACUUCUCCUGGCCGUAUCAGCAUUGAUCAUGUCCGUCAGUACAGCAUUGUUUGGGGUAUAUUUUAAAAUCUGGCAAGUGAAUACCAACAACUCCUCACUACAUAAGGCAGACAUUUUAACUGUUGAAAAUCCAGUUUCUGAGGCUCCAACAUGGCUACCUCUCGUCUGUCUUGUCGUCUUUAUAACAGGUUUUGCGCUUGGUUGUGGCCCUAUUCCGUGGUUGGUGAUGUCAGAAAUAUUUCCAGUCAGGGCGAGAGGCAUAGCAAGUGGAGCCUGUGUCCUGACAAACUGGUCAACAGCAUUUUUGGUAACCAAGGAAUUCCAUGACCUUGUUGAGAACAUAACCCAGUAUGGGACCUUCUGGCUCUUUUCAAGUUUCUGUUUCAUGAACCUGCUCUUCACCAUUUUCUUUGUCCCUGAAACAAAAGGGAGAACACUAGAAGAGAUUGAGGCCCAUUUUAAAGCAACUACUUAAGGGCAGUUAAAUGAAUCACUUAUUUUUUAAUGCUGCUUUUAUUCAAUGUUGUAUACCUGUGAUUAUAUACAGAUCAUUUAAAGUGGUAAUUAAGCAGUACCAAAACCUGGGCCCUCCUGAUAUUGCACCUGUCAAUAUCAUCAUCAUAGUUUAUUCCCCUGCAUCGGUUCCCUGCUCAUCUUCCCCCUUGCUUCAUUUUAACGUGAAACAAAACUUCUAGGGUCAGGAGAAGACCUAGGCACUGCACCAGUAUACAUCAAAACAGAAGAUUGGACCCAAGUAAAUGUAGUACUGUACAGCUGAUUAAUAUGUUUUAAGUUUUAAAAUUUUAUCUUGAUUUGAUUUGACAGUUCAUGGUCACUACAGCAAGGCAGGUUUGUGAGUAAUUUGGUGGAAAAAUUCCAACUGGCAAAUAUUGUAUACAAAGUUAUUUGGGGUAAUUUGGGGGACCUGUGUAAUCUGGAACUAGCAAAUGAGAAAUCUGUUUACAUUUCUCCCCAUUCCCUACUGUCCAAAGUCAAAAUUGCCACUUUGGUGUCCACAGCAUACUUGUUAAAACGAGUAACAAGACCAAUUAUCAAAGCAGCCACUUCAUGCAAACCUAACUUUUAAAAAUGCACAAUUAUCAUACAAUUUUAAAUUGAAGAAAAUUGACAAGGUUAUUUGUUCCUGGUUGCUUUGAUAUGUUUUAGUUUUAAGAGAUUACAUCCUUGGAUUUUCCAUUUUUAACCUAUUUAACAUACUACCUCACUGAAUAAUGUAGCAUACUGUUAAUUCCAUGUUUACCCUUGUUAGAAAAUGUGAAUUAUAAAAUACUUUUUAAAAUGUUGAAUUUUUUGCCAUUAUUGUAAUAAAUUGAACAUAAUGGAAUCUAAGUUGUAUAUCUACUCCAAUUCACUAAUUAGAUAUUGCUUUUCCUGAUCCAAGCACAAGUACAACUUGGCAACUG